AUGGGGGCUAAGAAAGCUGAAUUUGCAUCAGAUGCCUAUUUGGAUGAUUCAACUUCCUUUGAAGCGUUUGGGUUGGACUCAAGAUUGCUGCAGGCUAUUCAACGAAGUGGUUACCGUCAUCCUACGUUGAUCCAGUCUCACGCUAUCUCUCUGGCAUUGCAGGAAAAGAAAGAUAUCAUAGCCAAGGCUGCCACAGGUUCAGGAAAAACUUUGGCAUAUCUAAUCCCUGUUAUUCAAACUAUCUUAGAUUACAAAAAAAAUGAAGGAAACGAUGAAUUGAGUACCUCUAAGACUAUGGGAAUCAUUCUUGUUCCGACGAAAGAACUGUCCAGUCAAGUGUCAACGGUCUUGGAACAAAUGACUUUGUAUUGCUCCAAGGAGAUAAGGUGUUUGAAUGUUUCAUCAGAUAUGUCCAACGCUGUUUUGUCCUCGUUGUUGUCAGAAUCACCAGAAGUGUUAGUUGCCACUCCAGCAAAACUUCUAGGUCUAUUGGAGAAUAACAUAAAUUCUGUUUCGCUAGAAAAUUUGAGAUUUCUUGUGAUUGAUGAAGUUGAUCUAGUGCUUUCGUUCGGUUAUCAGACAGAUCUGGUGAAGAUUGCUCAAUAUCUGCCUCUACAGAAAAAUUUACAAACCUUCCUGAUGAGUGCGACUUUGAACGAUGACAUACAAGAGUUGAAGAAGCAGUUUUGCCGUUCCCCCGCCAUUUUGAAGUUCAACGAUGACGAAAUAGCUAAGGGUGAGACAAAGCUGGUGCAGUAUUAUGUUAUGGUUUCCGAGUUUGACAAGUUCCUGCUCUGUUAUGUGAUCUUCAAACUUGGACUGAUUAAGGGAAAGACUUUGAUAUUUGUCGCUAACAUUGAUAGAGGCUACAGGCUGAAGCUGGUCUUAGAGCAGUUUGGUAUAAAGUCAUGCAUUUUGAAUAGCGAGCUACCCGCUAAUUCCAGGCAACAUAUAGUUGACCAGUUCAAUAAAAACGUUUACCAGCUACUGAUUGCCACGGAUGACACGGAAUAUAUCAAGGAAGAGGACGAACUGGCAGAUGAAGAGGGUCUGCUAGGACAGGAGGAAAAGCAGGAAACUCAGAACAGUCAACAGGCGGAUGAGUCGGAUAAAAAAGCAGAGAGCAAGAAGAGCAAGAAGAAGGUACCGGUUAAGAAGGAUAAAGAAUAUGGUGUUUCCCGUGGUGUGGAUUUCAAGAACGUAGCAUGUGUACUGAACUUCGAUUUACCCACUACUGCAAAGUCGUAUGUUCAUAGAGUUGGUAGAACCGCUCGUGCUGGGAAAUCAGGUACCGCUAUCUCCUUCGUCGUGCCUUUGAAGGAGUUUGGUAAACACAAGCCUUCUACGUGUCCAACAGCUAAGAAGGAUGAAAAGAUACUGGCCCGUAUCAUCAAACAACAAAGCAAGCUCGGAUUGGAAGUUCAGCCGUACAUUUUUGAUAAUAAACAGGUAGAAGGUUUCCGCUAUAGAAUGGAGGACGGUUUCCGUGCCGUUACUCAAGUUGCUGUUAGAGAGGCUAGAAUCAAGGAAUUAAAACAGGAACUUCUGGCGAGUGAAAAGUUGAAAAGGCAUUUCGAAGAAAAUCCUCAGGAGUUACAAAGUUUGAGGCAUGAUAAAGAACUGCAUCCAGCUAGAAUACAACAGCAUUUGAAAAGGGUUCCCGAUUAUCUACUCCCAGAAAGUGCAAAGCAAGGGAAAUCCAAGAAGAUUGGUUUCGUUCCAUUUCACAACCCAAAAAAGAACAAGAAGAAGGGCAAAAUAAAUAAGCGUCGUGGUGGUAAGUCGGAUCCAUUGAAGAAUUUCAAAUAA